AGUAGGCGCUGCCGGGCGCGGGGCGUGGAGUGGUGACGGCUCACAGGCUGGCCAUGGCGAGGGGCGCAAGGCGGCCACCUGAGUGGCGCGGCGGCGUCAGGUUCUUAAUCAAGAACGAGCUCUAUGGAUCCAGGACAGGUUUGUCCCAUGGCCUGCUCUGAACAGCCUAUUGUCCGAUAGAAGAUUCCAUUGGCAAACCAUCUCUAUUGCCUUACAGAGCAAGCAAAGAAGAUGGAUCGACUGAAGAACCAUCUACCUGUGUGCUUUCUACCUACUGUGCCCUUUUUAAUCCUAGUAUCCACUCUGGCGACUGCUAAGAGUGUGACUAAUAGCACUUUAAAUGGCACUGACGUGGUCUUGGGCUCUGUGCCUGUAAUCAUUGCCAGAACUGACCAUAUCAUAGUCAAGGAAGGGAACAGUGCCUUGAUUAAUUGUAGUGUUUAUGGCAUCCCUGAUCCACAAUUCAAGUGGUAUAACUCCAUCGGCAAGCUGCUGAAAGAAGACGCAGAGAAGGAGCGAGGAGGAGGAAAAUGGCAGAUGCACGACAGCGGCCUCCUGAACAUCACCAAGGUGUCUUUUUCAGACCGAGGUAAAUACACAUGUGUUGCUUCUAACGUCCAUGGCACUGUGAACAACACGGUGACCCUGAGAGUCAUCUUUACCUCUGGAGACAUGGGCGUCUACUACAUGGUCGUCUGCCUUGUGGCCUUCACCAUCGUCAUGAUCCUCAACAUCACCCGCCUGUGCAUGAUGAGCAGCCACCUGAAGAAGACCGAGAAAGCCAUCAAUGAGUUCUUUAGGACAGAAGGUGCAGAGAAGCUGCAAAAGGCAUUUGAGAUUGCCAAGCGGAUCCCCAUCAUCACCUCAGCCAAAACUCUAGAGCUUGCCAAAGUUACCCAGUUCAAAACAAUGGAGUUUGCCCGCUAUAUUGAAGAGCUUGCCAGGAGUGUGCCUCUGCCUCCCCUCAUUAUGAACUGUAGGACUAUCAUGGAGGAAAUCAUGGAAGUGGUUGGGCUGGAGGAGCAGGGGCAGAAUUUUGUGCGGCAUACUCCAGAAGGCCAGGAGGCCUCAGACAGGGAUGAGGUUUACACGAUCCCAAACUCUCUGAAGAGAAGUGACUCGCCCACCGCAGACUCGGACGCCUCAUCGCUGCACGAGCAGCCCCAGCAAAUUGCCAUCAAGGUGUCUGUGCACCCACAGUCCAAAAAAGAUCACGUGAAUGACCCAGAGGGUGUACAGUUUGAAGUCAAAGAUGAAGAGGAGACAGAACCGUCUGCUGAACAUUCCCCAGAAACUGCAGAGCCUUCUACAGAUAUGACAUCCACAGAGCUAACAUCUGAAGAGCCAACGCCUGUUGAGGUAUUGGAUAGAGUCCUGCCACCAGCUCACCUGGAAACUACAGAGCCAGCAGUGGGGCAUGACAGAAACACCUGCAUUAUUUAUGAAAGCCAUGUCUAAUAUCAACUAUGAAAAGCUAUGCAUAUCAAGAAAAUCAGGGGCUGCUCCUUGUAGUGCAGUUGUAGUACGCACUUGCCGCUAAGCCUUACCAGGAGACUCUCAUCCCUUAGGUAGGAGUGAUGCCAUUUUCAAAGGGGAAACACCUGAGUGCAGUUUAUUAUGUGACUGGAAUUUCCCCAGUAGAAAAGGAUCUGAGAAACAUCAGGGUGCAGAAUUGAUAAUACUGGACAGAAGGCGUCUGUCCACGUGAUACGAAUUUUAGAGGCUCUUCUCUGCCAAAUACCUUAAUGGGUGAUGCCCUUUUGGCAAAGAGAAUAUUACUGUAAGAUAUUCUGAGGUCAAGAGCCCUGUCCAAUGCACACUGCAUUGCUUUUCCUUAAGAAAAAAAAAAUAUAGGUCUGCUACAAUAGCAAAUGCACGUACAUGGGUUUGUUGCACUUUCUUCUCAGUUUUUCUUCCUGUCACUGUUCCUUUGAGAUGGAG